AUGAGUGACAUUGAGAAAACACCAGAAAUACUUGAGAACCAAACAAACAGAACCUCAACCCCACCAUUGGAAAGUGAAGAAAAGAAAACAGAUGAAGUGGUUAAAAGAUUACCUUCAAAAGAAAAAAGUUCAGGUAAAAAGAAAACAAGAAGUUCCAGUAGUAAUAAUGAAGUAGAAGAGAAUGAUGAAAAAGAAGAAAUAAACCAGGAAGGAAAAGACAAAGAAAAGAGGGUCAGUAAAGAGAGGUUGCUUUCAUUCAUGUUCAAACGAAAAACAAACGAAAAAACAACGGUAUCAGAAUCACCAAAAAAAAGUCAUAAAGAUAAGAAAAAAGAAGGAGGAGAAGAAGAAGAGGAAAACCCAAAAAGAAAAGUGUUUAAGAAAAAUAAGAAACAAAAAAUGUUGAAACAAAGUAAAUCUGAGAUUAUUACAAAGAAAAGUGAAGAGAUAGACUCACAAGAACUCAUUAUUGAGCACCACGGAGAUGAUAUUAUUGACAGCUCUAGUCAAAAAGAAAAUGAAGAAAAAACUAAAAGAAAAGAAGGGAGUAAAGAAAGACCGAAAUCACUGAAAGAAAAAUUAUCACCAAGAAAAGAAAGUAAAGAAGAAAAGAAAGUAAAAGACACUAAAAAGAAGAAGGAAGUAAUUGACAAAGAACAACAUGCAGAAGAAAGACAUAAAAAUGAUAUUUGGAAAAGAAAAACUGUUUGUACUAUGGAAAGAAGAGAAAAAAGAAGGAGUAGUGAAAUAAGUAUUAAAAAAGAAAAGAAAAAUAUUGAAGUUACUGUUGAAAUUGGGUUUUUGUUACAAACAUAUAACAAAACAUUUAAAGUAGCAUCUCAAAUGAAAGUUAGAGAAGUUAUUGAAAAAACUAUGAUAAGUAUUAAAGAAGGACUACAUGAUGAUGUUGUUGUCUAUCAAAGUAAUGGAGAGGUUGUAAAUCAAGAAGAGGAUAUAGGUGCAAUUGCAACAAAUAACAAGGCAUAUAUAUAUGUAUCAAAAAGAGGAAGGAAAUGUGCAAAAAAAAUUAUAUUUGAAUUUGAAACAGAAAAGAAAAAAGAAGAAAAGAAAGGAAAAGAACAAGCAGACCCACAAGUAGUUUAUGAUCUUUGUAGAUGGAUUUAUAUGCAUGGAAUAGAAGUAGAAGGAAUUUUCAGAAUAUCAGGAAAUAAUGAAUAUAUUAAAAAAUUAAUAGAGAAAGUUAUUAAACAUUCAACUGGAUUUCUUGAUGAAAUGAAUCAUGGGGUAAAUGAUGUUCAUAAUGUUGUUGGUGUAUUAAAAAGUUAUUUACGAGAAGCAACAGUCGGAUUAUUUGAUUUACAAAUAGCAGAAGAAAUACUAAAAAAUGAAGAGAAUAAACGAGAAGAAGUAUUAAUGGAAAUAAUUGAAAAAUUAAAUAAGAAAGACAAAUAUACAUUAUGUAUCAUAUUAAAUCUUGCUGAAGCUAUUAUUCAAUAUAAAGAUGUUAAUCAAAUGGGAAUAGGAAAUAUUGCUGUUGUUCUUGGACCAAUGUUAAUUCAUUCAAAUGGAGCUGUUAGUUUGAUUGGAACACAAACUCAAUUAGAACUUGCUGUAUUAUUAAUUAAUUUAGCACAAAGUAUACGAAAAAGAUUAGAUAUUGACACAUUCUUUUCUAUAGAUGAGGUUGUUUCUAAAUUUGAAACACCAACUGAAUUUAUUCAUGAUAAUGAAGAACCUGAUAGAUUUGUUUAUGAUAUUUCAUGUCUUGAUGAAGAAACACAAAAAUUGGCACAAGACAUUUGUGGAUGGAUGGAAGUAGUUUUAGAUUCUGAUAAUAAUGAAGAAGCAAUUCAUUGGAUUCAAGUAUAUUAUGAAGAGAAUGAAGAACAUUUUGUGUAUAUUGUAAACAUGUUAACUCCAGACUUUGUUAUUUCACAAACAUACCAAGGUACUUAUUCAACAACUCAACAAUAUCCUUCAUCUCAGAAAGAACAAAUUCUUAAUCAAAUAGAAGUAAAUAUCUUUGACCUUCAUCCACCUGCAGUUCCUGCUUGGGAGUUAUCAGAACAACGACUUCCUCAACCUCCAUCAUUUGAACUUCAGAAGAAGUGGUAUUUCCCAAUCAUUCAAUCCAUUAAACCACAACAAUUUUCACAAAUUAUUGCAUGGUUUAAUCAAGUUGAUAAAGAUCAUAGUGGUACAUUAGAGAUUGAUGAAAUUAGUACAGGAAGUUAUCCUGGAUGUAUUCGUUUAUCUCCACAAACAGCACUUAGAUUUAUGAGGAUUUUUGACACCUCUAGAACUGGUCAUUUAAAUAUUUAUGAAUUUAUUGCUAUCUAUCGUUAUCUAGAAAUUUGUUAUGCUUUAUUCAAUGCAUACAAUGGAAGUGGACCAGAAAUUAUUAAGUCACGACUUACUGGUCUUGGUUUUGUUGGAACCACCCAAUGCACUGUUGACAUAUUGUCUAAAAUUUUUUCAUAUAACAAUGUUAUGGACUUAAACAAUUGGGUCGCUUGUGGUGCCUUUGUUCUUCAAUCAAGAGCUAUCUACCAAGACCUUCUUGACCAAGGAUUAAUGCAAAAAACAGAAAACCCUCAAGAUGCAACAAAAAUUUUAGAUUCAAUUACUCUUCUCAUCGACAAAUAA